ACCCGCCUUUAAGGAACUAGAAUGAGAACUGCGUGAAGUGGGUUGGAACUUGACACGAAAUCAGAGACUUGACUUGAUCCGCGCUCUAGUUUUGAGAAUGGAAAUCUAUGGCUUGUGGACAAGGGAUGCAAUUUACCAUGUUUUAGUAAACAGGCGGUGAAUUUUAUGAGGACAAUCCAGGAGGCAUACAGGAUCCGCACACCCCACCGCUGGCCCCGUAGGCACGGUAAUUUGGGACAGAGGCAGGACACUCUUGCUAGCUCCCACACCAGCUAACUCCAGACAUUGUCCCCUGUCCUCCUGAUGCUGAGAAGUGUGUGUGCGCACACAACUGCCUCAACUACAGCUGUAUUGCAGUGAAGAUUGUCUUUGCUCCGGCUUCCUGAUUAAGUGAAACUGUAAACAACGUAUACAUUCUCACAAAUUGCAGUCAGUCCCAGAAGUCAAGAUGUCCAUCACCAACACACCUACCAGCAACGAUGCCUGCCUGAGCAUUGUGCACAGCCUGAUGUGUCACAGACAGGGUGGCGAGAGCGAGACGUUUGCCAAGCGGGCCAUUGAGAGUCUGGUAAAAAAAUUGAAGGAGAAAAAAGACGAGCUUGACUCCCUCAUCACAGCUAUCACCACCAAUGGCGCCCAUCCCAGCAAGUGUGUGACCAUUCAGAGGACACUGGAUGGACGGCUGCAGGUGGCUGGACGUAAAGGCUUCCCUCAUGUAAUCUACGCCCGGCUGUGGCGGUGGCCUGACCUACAUAAGAAUGAACUGAAGCACGUCAAAUACUGCCAGUUUGCCUUUGACCUAAAGUGUGACAAUGUGUGUGUCAACCCCUAUCACUAUGAGAGAGUAGUGUCGCCUGGCAUAGACUUGUCAGGACUGACACUGACCAGUUCUGGGCCUAGCUCUGCACAGAUGGUUAAGGAUGAGUAUGAUUUUGAUGGACCGCAGAGUCUGCCCUCAAUUGAGGGAGGGCACUCUAUCCAGACAAUCCAACACCCCCCAUCUGCCGGCCGCCCAGCCCCCUCUGAAUCGUUUACAACCCCAGGCCUGCUCCCAUCUGCUGAGGCCUCCACCUCUGCCUCCACAUCAUCCUUCCCUGCCAUUGCUGCUGGAUCAGGCAGUGCCAGCUCAACAUGGUCUAGGAACAGCAGCUUCACCCCCAACAUACCCCACCACACCAACGGCCAUCUACAGCACCACCCUCCUAUGCCACAUCCAACACACUACUGGCCAGUGCAUAAUGAGCUCGCCUUUCAGCCUCCUAUAUCUAAUCAUCCAGCUCCAGACUACUGGUGCUCCAUUGCUUAUUUUGAGAUGGACGUACAAGUCGGGGAGACUUUUAAGGUGCCCUCUUCUUGCCCCAUCGUGACAGUGGACGGCUAUGUGGACCCCUCAGGGGGAGACCGGUUCUGUUUGGGUCAGCUCAGCAACGUACAUCGCACUGAGGCUAUUGAGAGAGCAAGGCUUCACAUUGGCAAAGGGGUUCAGCUGGAGUGUAAGGGGGAAGGAGAUGUGUGGGUGCGUUGCCUCAGUGACCAUGCAGUGUUUGUUCAGAGUUAUUACCUGGAUAGAGAGGCGGGCCGAGCCCCCGGAGACGCUGUUCACAAAAUCUACCCCAGCGCUUACAUCAAGGUGUUUGACCUCCGUCAGUGCCACAGACAGAUGCAACAGCAGGCUGCCACAGCUCAAGCAGCUGCUGCAGCCCAAGCAGCGGCUGUGGCCGGAAAUAUACCUGGACCUGGAUCAGUUGGAGGAAUAGCUCCAGCUAUUAGUCUGUCAGCAGCAGCCGGUAUCGGGGUAGACGACCUCCGGAGGCUGUGUAUUCUCAGGAUGAGUUUUGUUAAGGGCUGGGGGCCCGACUACCCCCGCCAGAGCAUCAAGGAGACCCCCUGCUGGAUCGAGAUCCACCUGCACAGAGCACUACAGUUACUGGACGAGGUUCUGCACACUAUGCCUAUAGCAGACCCACAACCUCUGGACUAAGAUCUUAACAACUGCAGCAUCACAGUGCAACAUACAGUGGCCAUGGGAAGUCUUCCUCAGAAAACAGUUCAGGUGGAGAAGCCAGGGAAACUGCUGCAACACUGAAUCUGUCCACAUGACAAAAAUGCUUUCAGGUGUGUUUGAGGCACCUUUGUGCACUGUGCCCCUUACUUUUGCAUUUUAAGCAAGACUGACACUAAAACGAGCCAAAGCCAUGUAUUGAUGAUAUCUUUAUCUGUAUUUUUGAUAGAUGGCUUUGAUUUGUGACUGGAAUGAUGAAUUGUAGGACUAGAAAAAGACAUCACAGAUAACUACAACUUACAGAGCACCACAACAUUUAUAUAGAUGACCUACAGAGCCCAUUCAAACUGGAAGGUACAGUGACUACUUAGAGUUCACAACCACCAACUACUGGCAGAUAGUAGAUUGACCAAUGAAAGAACAUCUGAGUGCUGUACAGCUGUGGGAUGAGAUGACUCACAUAUCCAGUGUUUGGGCACCAGAGUACUGCUGGUUUUUCUGUUGUUUAAUUUUCCAUUCGAGCUGUUACAGACUACUACUCACCUGGGAUAACAAGCAAGAUCGGUCAUCUGUCUGCUUAGAAUAGAAAAGCAGCAGCACUGGCAGGAUCACCGCUAAAAAGCAUGCUGGUCGCUGCCUCUCGGAUACUGGACACAGUCGAGGACCACCCAGCUUGGAUCAGGGCAGACCAGACGUUCACAGCCAUCCCAGAAUGUCAGAGGAGAAAUGACAAGCGCCAUGCCUAAAGCCGACUCAACCUCUGAACUGAAACAAGGUCAAGUCUGUGGACUCUUCUAGGCCAGGUAUUGUCUGACUACGGCUUUAGAUCCUUAGGAACUGGGAGGGGUUCUGUUGGGUGUCCAAUGACAAAUUGUUGCCCCCCGAAUUUAACAAGAUUUUGGAGCAAAUGAAGAGCCCCCAGUUGACAUUUUGGACCAGAGAAUAAUAUCAUCAUGACAUACAAAGUUGAAUUGCCCAUUGAUGAUAAUUGUAUUGCUUUUUACUGACUAACUGUGAUUAUGCCAUGUACUCACUCAAAAAUAGUGAUGACAAGAUGCUCGCUGAAGUGUUAUUAAUCAUUGGUCACUUUCCACCAUGGUCCGCCCCCCCCCACGUGUUUUGGACACAGUAACUGGUUUGGGAGACACCCUCUUUUAUGCUUCCAAAAAGGAUGAAUCUGAUACACCUGCGAACUCCUUGCCUUUUCUCACUUUCAUGCUGAGAGCAAAAAAGAAACUGGUGGCCUGCGUUUGGUUCAGUGAGAUGGAGAGAAGAGGCAACAGUUGGUCUCUGAUGUCUAAUUUAAUCCUAGUACAAGAAUCAGGGUUUAUCAAUGUUUUGGCAAACCAAAGUACUAAUUACUCAAAAGCAUACUGUAACUUUAGUGUGAGCACGGCAGGUCACCUGCUGGACUUUGUCCCAGCUGGUAAUUUGGAAGUUUCUUUAAUUAAAUUUGAAAGGUGAUUGUGUAUUUGCAUUAACUUGAAUGAAUAUUGAUUUUUAUCUGCAAGCAUACCCGACCUAGUUGAGAAUCGUUGUACUUACUUAUGACCUGCAGCCCACUGAUAUACUACUUGAUCCAGGUCUCUUGUGUAUAGUUUACUGACAAAGAUAUGAGAAUUUAGGACAGUUCCCCAGCAAUAUAGAUAUAUUUUCUUGUUUUUUAUUUUUGUUACUUUAUUAAUUGUUUAGUUUUAUAUUUUUAGCACUUUAUUUUUUUUCUUGUUUUUAAUUCAAUAACCCUAAUUCUGAGCUGGUUGCCCUGUGAAACGUUAUAGGGAGUGUAUAGGUUGGUUGAUUUUUUUUUAUGUUUUUUUUUUUUAAUGUAGGGUGGUGAUACAAUUGUGUUAAAACACCAAGACAUAUUUUAAAUCAUUUUUUUGCCCUUUCAAUAUAUAAAGGCAUAUACACAUUUGUAGGUUGCUUUUUUUGUUGUUCUGAGUUGCAAUCUUUUUCUUUUUUGGAUGUGCAGUUUUUCUUUCCUUUUUAAUCCAUGUAAAUAACUUGUUUUUGAAAAGCAUGUCAAUGUUUGCAUGAAUCUAAAUGGCAAAUAGACCCCUGUAACCCUACCCUCUUUUUUAAAAUACUAAGUACUUCACUUGUCCUGCAUUACACAGUGAUACUGGUAUCUGAGGACAGUAGAAACCAGCUUCUGCUGUGUACUGGUGUGGUGUGUUGCUGGUUUAUGAGAACAGCAUUAGGUAAACCGAGGGAAGCAACAUAGUCCUAACUGAUGGAAAUGAUAUAUCAUAUAAUAAAUCAUAUAACUCAUUUUGUAGCAGCCAAGUUCCUUAAGAAGGUCAUUUGCAUACAGUAAAACCGCCAGUUGUUAAUGUGCAGACUUGCAUGUGUAAGGUGAAGGUAGAAUGACACACAAAAAUAAUUAGAUUUUAACAUGAGUCCUCUUGUCUCCGCUGCCCCGUGCUGAAUGUGGUACAUUUGUCAUAGAUCACACGCAUCGAUUAGGAAUACACAUUUAAUUUACUCUCAUGUUCUUGCUUAUUUUCCACAUCAACCUGCCAUUCAGUCUGAUCUUUCUGAUUAUCUGUAUAUGAAAAGACGUGUUUUGGACAAUGCGGUCUGGGUGGCUUACGGAUGAAAUAAAGACAAAUUUGAUUUCUUCAAGUUUUUAGUUGAAAAGUGGGGUCUAUUUGUCACAGGAAGUUAUCCAAUUGAAUAGGCAAACUAAGCAGUGGGUUGCUUUCUCCCCCCUUUUUGAGUAUGUCACAAUCAUUUUAAAAAUCAUUGUUAGAAAUGAUUUGUCCUACAUCUGAGAUUAAGAAUCAAACUUUUUCACUUAAUUAUGCAUCCAAUCGAUGAAAUGGCAGAGAACAGGACAUUUUGAUUGUUACUGAAAGACGUGAUGCUGAACUCUGGGGAAGUAAUCAGUUGUGCUUUAAGGUGGACAGAUGGUUUUUUUAUAUUACUUGCAGUUAUUAUAGGAGCCUAAAGACAGCUAAAAUAAGUUGUUUAUUACUAUGACAGAUUGCAGAUAUGUUUUACCUGAAUUUCUUAUGAGUCUUUAAUUAAACAUGGCCUGAUAUUCUCUAA